AUGUCGGACACAUCCGGCGAUAGCUCUGUCGGAGUCAAGUGUGAUGCUGUCGACACUCUCGAUCAGCACAACGACCAUUCGGCAGAUCAAACAUCUGGCAGCAGAAGCAACAGCGAGUCUGACUCGGACUCCUCAAGUGAAGAAGGCGAUGGCGGGAUCCUUGUCGAAGCAACACCUGUGUCCAAAAGACUUGGCUAUGUUGAUAUCUUCGCCAUGAAAACCAAGAUGGACGGUAUUCACGCCUGGCUGAGGGAGGUUAUAAACGAAUCUACCGAGGACCACGUGUACGUCCAUAAGCCGACUCUUCGCUACCACAAGAGAGCUAUGGAUAGCAUGAGGCGUUGUCUGGAGGAUGCCGCUCCUAUGGCCGUCAAGUAUGAAUUAAUCAAGAGUCCAGAUCCGUGCGGCUGCUAUUGUUCUUCCAGGAUUAGUCAGUACAUGGACGCUUCGGUGAAGAAAUACGUUACCACACAGCUCGACAAGACUUUCGAGAAGAUGACAAAAUCAGAAGGAAGUGGAAGUGCCGCCAUGAAGGAAUUGCUCGCUCAAUCGACUUUCAAGCCUAACCUAGUCAAAGACAUCGAGCAAGAUGUUCUUAAGGACGACAAAUUUCCUCACAAGAAACCCAACGUGCUCAAUGCAGAGAUUGGCGAGAUUGUAAACUCUCACCUUGGAGCAGCACUGCUCAAGCACGCACAGAAACAGACAGAAGCCAAACUGCUCAAGAAGUUCAACGCCGACACAAAGAAAGCUCUAGAGGGACUGAAGGAGGAGCUGAAGGGUGCUGGAUUGAUGAAAUGA